AUGCCCUCAUCUGUAAACGGAGGCGAAGCCACCCGCGACAGCCUAUGGCGAACGUGCUGGCAAGUCUACGGCGAGCUUGCUAUGGACGCCGGUCUCCCGGGUGCAGAAGCCUUAGUCAAGGGUGGUGUCCUGCGCCGCCUGCUCUGGACCGGUGCGCUUCUGACACUGGUGUACUACAGCGCCUCCGAGAUGUACGCCACCUUGAGCGAGUAUUUCGCGUACAGCGUAGCCAUCGCAUUCGAGUACAACACAAACGAGUCCUUGCAGAUGCCUGACGUCACCGUGUGCAACCUGAACCCGCUGCGAAGGUCGAGAUAUUGCGCCCGGAAUGCCUCGGAGCGGGUGAUGAACUCUGAGCUGAACAGACGCAUCUGCGGCAAAAAACAGGAUUUCAAGGAAGCCAAUCUAGAAGACCUAAGGCUGCAGCAGCACAUAUGGGACUGGUUAUCGUACCACAAGGCGAAGAACCGUGCAUGGCUCAGAACCCUCGGCCAUCAGUUUGCCGACGCCUUCGUCAAUUGCAGUUACCACGGUUGGGACUGCAGAGACGCGACGCUCUACCGCAACGUCACCGACUUGAUGUACAACAGCUGCUUUUGUUUCCUCUGUGACCACAAGCCGCGAGUAGACUACACCAGCAUGUCGUCACCUUACGACGGGCUGGUUGUCACGCUGAAUCCGCAGCUGAACGAGUACCUGCCCACUUCCUACCAGGCAUGCUUCAUCGCCAUGGUCCACUUACACGGUACCAGGGGAGCGUGCUAUAGCGACAUUCAAAAGAUCAGCGGAAGCAGGUACUCGAUAUGCGAAGAUGGCGUCUUCCUGACUCCAGGCCACACCACGUACGUCGGCCUGAAUUUGUUGGCGCAGACGGGGCUGCCGGAGCCGUACGCCAAUCCCUGUCAGUCCACGUGGCCUUCCCGACUGAUGGUCCACAUGGACCAAAUGUACGGUGUCUACACACGAGAGUACUGCCUGGUCAUGUGUCUCCAGGUGAAAGUCGUGGAGGCGUGCGAAUGUUUGUUGGUGUACCUGCCACAGAUCUUCACGCUGGCCCAGCGAUAUGACACCUGUGCAGACAAGAGUGGAGCUCGAGUGUGCGAUGCACGUUUCAAGAAGCCACACUUUAUGCUCGAGCAGGAGUGCAAUUGCAUUCGCGCCUGCAAGCCACCGGCCCGCCUCGUCGUGUAUUUCAAGUCACUCACCUACGAUCAUACACUGUCGGUGCCAAAGUACGAUGAAACCAACGUGCUGGGAAGCCUGGGCGGCAUCAUCGGCAUGUACCUUGGCUUGUCCUUCCUCGUUCUCUUCCAAGUCAUCGACGUCCUGGUCGUCGGCACGCUGCGACUCUGCAAGACGCUACGCUGA